AUGCCAAACAAAGUACCUUUCGAUCAUCUCCAUUUGAACGGGGAAAAGGAAAUUCAAUGUGAGUCAACUAUCCCUUUUAACUUAUCACCUGUUACAGAAACUUCUGAUAAAAUCAAAAGUAGCACAAAAACCAUUUCCUCAGAAAGUGAUCAACAAAAAACUAUUUCAAGAUUAAAUAUUAUUGCUUUGCUUAAUAAACAACAUUUGAUUAUAAAAUCCUCUGAAGCAUUUUUGCAACCAAGUUACAACACAAAAUUUAAUUCAUUUGUUUCAGAAUACAAUACAGGAGUUACCAAUAAAACUGCAAGAAUACAAAUAUAUAAAGAAAUGGUAGAACAUCUAACUGGUGAUAUGCUAGUUGCUUUAUAG